AAAAAAAUUGCACAGGUAGUUAAAAAAAGUAAAGAGACAUUAAGGGCACAGGAAGAAAUUGAGGAGGCGCAAGAACAAGAAGAAGAAUAUGACCAAGAAGAAGAACACGAACAAGAGGAAGAAGACCAACAAGAGGAUGAGGAGGAAGAAGAAGAAGUUAUUGUAAAAAGUAAAAAGAAAAAAGAAACUAAAUCAAAUAAAUUAAAAUCAUUUGUUGACCAACAAGAGCAAGAGAAAAAAAAGAAACCUGAAACAGGUAGAGAUAACAAGAGGAAAGCUGCUAAAAAGACCCAUGAAAGCUAUGACAGUAGUGACGAUAACGAAAACAUUGUAGAUAGAGCAUCACUUUCAUCGAUUAGAACACCAUCACCCGCUAAGCUAAUGAAAGAGCCAAAACUAAUUGAAAGUGAAGAUGAAGAAGAUAAAAUUGUAACACCAGAAAAAGACUUGGGUAAUAGAAGACUUUUUAGACUUAAAAAAAAACACCAAGAAGAGGAAGAAGAGGAAGAAAAGGAAAUUGAGGAAGAAAUUGAGGAAGAAAAAGAUAGUGAUGAAGAAAUUAGCAAACUAGAUGAAGAUGAGGACUAUGUACCAGAAGCUUCACAAAAUAAUGAUAAUGAAGAUCACCACGAAACCAAUGAUGAGGAUUUUGAAGAGGAGUUUGAAACUUUAGAAACCAAACGAAGAUUACAAAAAGAAAGAAAAGAGAAAGAAAAAGAAAAUAGAAAAAUUGAAAAGCAAAAAAAGAAAGAUAAAAGGGUUAGGGAUAAUGAAAAGAAAAAGGAAAAGAAAAAGACUGAAAAAGAAACUAAAAUACCUUUGAUGCCAGUUACCGUACCCACAAUCAAACCACGUCAAUUCACACCAAAGCGUUCAAUUCUAGACUUUUUUAAGAAGGUUGAACCUUUAAAAAAACCACAAAAAGUAGAGGAAGAAGAAGAGGAGGUUAAUUUAGAAGGUGCCAAUGAAGAAGAAGAACAAGAGGAAGAGGCUAUUCAAAGUGAGGAUGAUAAUGAUGAUGUUGAACAUCAAGAAGAGGAAGAAGAAAAUGAAGAGGAAAAUAAUAGUAAUGAGGAGCUUCAAGAAAAUGGGCCAACUAUAGAAGAGGAAAAAGAAGAUAGCGAUGAAGAAAAUGAACAAAAGCUUAAACCAAAGAAAAAGCUACAUCAACCAUAUCAAUCAUCAUUAAAUCUACAAAUUGAAACCGAUUUAUAUAAUCAAGAUAGUGAUAAUGAUCAAGAAGAGGAAAAUAAUCAAAUUAAUGAACAAGAUGACGAGGAAAUGGAUGAAUAUAAACCAUCUCUACAUUUACAAAUGAGUUCCGGUGAAGAUGAACCCAGCGAAAAAGAAGAAGAGGCCGACCAGCAACAAGAAGAUAGUGAUAGUGAAAUAGCUAUAAGAAAAGAAAAAGAAAGAAAAAAAUCAGAUUUAAGAAGGUCAAUGAUAUUUGGUAAUGAAGACGAUGAAGCAAUCGAAGAUGAUGAUGUUGUUGAUAGUGACGAAGAAAACCAAAAUAUUAAUCAAAAAUCAAAUUAUGAUAAUAGUGACGAAGAAGAGGAAGAGGAAAGUGGUGAUGAAUAUGAAAAUGAAGUUGAUAGCGAUGAUGAAGAGGAUGAAGAAAGAAACCUUGAAGCAAUUAGAAACAACACACAAAGACUAAGAGAAAUGUACAAAAAAGAAGAUGAACAACGUUUAAAACAACUUGAAAACAAACUAAUAAAGAAAAGAAAGUUUGGAGAUGAAGACGAUGAAGUGGAAGAAGAGGAUCAAAAGGAUAGUUCGGAAUCAGAAACAGAAAAACCAUAUCACAAUAGUAAUAGUUUCCUAAAGAGUAAAAAAAGAAAAACCAAUGUACCAUUAAACAACAGCGGCAGCUUAUACACUUUGCCAGAUGACUAUGAUGAUUUCUCUGACGAAGAGCAGCAAGAGAAACUACAUGAAAUUAAGGCAGCCAACAAAAAGAAUCAUAGCAAGCCCAUUAUUAGCUCUAAAGCAACACAACAGUUACAAUCAUCAACAUUGGAUCACUAUCUUUCAAAUGACGAUAUUGCAAUUUUAAAUUUAGUCAAAAGAAAACAAGCAUCAUCUAUUGACGGUAUUAUAACAUCACCAACAAAACAGGUUGGUAAACAGCAAAAAGCAGCCCAACAACCAAUUAAAAACAAACCAUCACCAUCAAAAUCAAUGUUUCAAUCAAGUUUACCAAAAUCAUUUAAUUCAUCUAGUUUAGCUUUCGAUAUCACACAAGAAAAACUUCAAUCAUUAAAAAAACAAGUUUCUUCAAUUUUUGGUAAUAAUAAAACAAAUGCAUUUUUCCAACAACAAACUCCAAUAGCUAAUCAAAAUAAAAAGCAACAAAAGAAACAAACAGAUAGUGAUGAUGAAGAAUAA